UCACAUGGGGUUGCUGUGAGUUGGAAUUGGGGCAGUUCUGCUGUCACAUGGGGUUGCUAUGAGUUGGAAUUGAUUCAACGGCACCGAACAGCGACAACAACCUGCUGGAGAUAUUCAGAUUAUGUUUUAUUACAUUUAUUUUACUGACGCUAAAAACUGUGAAGGACUUAUACAGAAAAGACAGCCUGUGAAGAUCAAAAAGUUAUUUAAAUAAAAAUGGUGGUUAUUUUUGAACCUUCAUUUGUUCACCGAAGGCAUUUUUAUUGAGGCCUGAUGACGGUAAGAGAGACCAGGUGUUCAGUGGAUGGGAUCCAGCCUGCUCUCAUGGUGCUGUAUUGAGGGAAUUUCCAAUGGGAACAAGAGGAUAUAUGGAUCUGCUUUCUAGGAUACAAAGAUUAAAAUCAAAUCAGUUGUGGGGAUAGCACAUCAUCUUCUAUGUAUUCAAAACCAUAUCUUAACAACAUAAAUAUGGCUAUAAUUGAACUUUUUAAACAGUGUAACAAAUACCAAGUUUUUACGUGAGCUGUUUUUUCCAUGCGUACUCUGGGGAGAGUUCUCCUAGGUUUCGAUUCAUUGAAUAGAAACCAGCAGGAAGCUUUUGUAAGCCAGACUGUUUUCCUUUCUGUGCUUUGUGCGGUGGAAUCUCCUUUUGGAUCUUUAUCGUUAGGAACAGUGAGCAUGUCACACACACAUGGAAUGGCGUAAAACUGUAUGGCAAGGAGUUUGGAGAUCCAGGCUUAAGUUCUAGUCUUGCCUCUAAUCUCUGUGGAGCUUCUGUGACUUAAUGCUGUUGCUAUGUAGCUAAAAUCUGAAUUCAAAUUAUAUGUGCAUAUUGUGUGUUCAAGUUGUAAAAUUUUUCUCACUUUAUUUAAGGUACGUUGCAGCAGUUUUGUUUUUAUUUCCUGUGCUCCUUCUUUUGUCUUUAACCUGCUGACAUCACUUCAGAUAUUUUUAUCAAAUUAUAUUCAGUUAUAAGUUAGGCAGGAGCAGAACUAAAGAUUGAAACAGCCAUUCCCUGUUUAGAAUUAAGAUUUGUUCAGGGCACAAUGGCAGUUGUUAAAGUCUGAUAGUGAUCAGUAAAUCUAUCGCUUGUUCUGACAUAUCUGAUUGUACUCGUCUCAGCCAAACAAUUUACUUAUCUAAAUGGCUAGUGUUCUUUAUGUGCUGUUAAAAUUUCAAAAUACUGUCAGUUUAGUCUGGAAAAAUGAUCAAGGCUUAUUAGCCCAAUGUAACGUAGAAUCAGCCACCCUUUCUUGUCAUAGUAAACAGUAGAGGCAUCGGAAUCAAGAGAGUGAAGCAGUACCUUCUAAUUUUCGCUUCAGGAUGCUGUACUGAGAAAGGAAUAUAACGUAUUAAAGGGUAGUUCAAGUUUUAUUUAAAUACGUUUUUAUCAGUUAAUCAAGUAUUACUGCUCUGUGAUGUACUUGGAGCCCUGGUGGCACAGGGGGUUAAAAGCUUGGCUGCUAACCAAAAACGGUCAGCAGUUCAAAUCCACCAGCCGCUUCUUGGAAACCCUACCGGGCAGUUUUCUGUCCUAUAGGGUUGCUGAGUCGGAAUUAGCUCGACGGCAACAGGUUUGAUUUUUUUGGGUUUUAUGAUGAACUUUGGCAUCUUCAGUUUUAGACUAACAGUGUAUAGAUCCGGAUUACUGAAAUAGAACUUCUUUUUGGCAGGAUUUUGUUACUUUAAUGAAAAUGCUGAAAGGCCUAAUUCAAGAUGGUUACACAGCCUUGUUGGACAAGCGGUUGCUGUGUGUACAGGCCUUUACACACUUGCUAAAUGGUUUAGAUCCUCAAAAAAUAAAGCAAUUGAACCUGGCUAUGAUCAACUAUGUCCUAGUGGUCUACGGGCUUGGCCUCUCUCUCCUUGGAAUAGGAAGGCCUGAGGAAUUAUCUGAAGCUGAAAACCAGUUUAGGCAGAUUCUUGCAUUGUACCCUAAUGAAGGACUUGAUUGUCUGGCCUACUGUGGAAUCGGAAGCGUGUAUUUGAAAAGAAACAGAUUUUCAGAAGCUCUUAGCCACUUUCAGACAGCAAGAAAUGUCAUUAGUCGGCUCCUUGGAGUGUUAACUUGGCCCACAAGUAAUGUGGUUAUUGAAGAGACUCGGCCAUCAAAAAUAAGGGCACUGUUAGAAAGAUUUAUUGAAGAGUGCAAGUUCCCUCCAGUGCCAGAGGGCAUUUGUUCCUAUCACGAUCACUGUGGAUCUCUCAAAAUCCAGAUAUACGUAACUGAUCCAGACUUUAAGGGCUUUAUACGAAUCCUCUGUAGCCAAAUCUGUAAGAUUGAAUUUCACGUUAACUGUUGGAAGAAGUUAAAAGCAACAAGCUACGGUGAUAAACAUGACAAGGACUUUCUAAAUGCAAGUUGCCUUACCCCUGACUGCCAAGGUGUCAUCUGUAGGAUUACCGUCUUCAACAGUAAAGGUGGUGUUAAAUGUGAAUUUGAACACAAGGUCAUAAAAGAAAAGGUUCCUCCAAGACCUAUUCUGAAACAGAAAUGUUCUAGCCUAGAGAAGCUAAAAGAGAAAGAAGAGAAAAAAUUGAAGAGAAAGAUCCAAAAAGAAGAAGCAAAAAAAUUAGCAAAAGAAAGACUGGAAGAGGACUUAAGAGAAAGUAAUCCACCCCAAAAUGAAGAGAAGAAAGCUGUAGAAAAUGCUCAGGCUUGCCAGUUCUUUGAUGACAGAAUUCUACAGUGCAUAAAGCAGUACUCGGAGAAUAUCAAAUCCGGUAUUCUCAAUACUUCCACGCUUAUGAAGGAAUUGCUUUCUUGGAAAGUUUUAAGUGUAGAAGACUAUACAACAUGUUUUUCUAGCAGGAAUUUUCUGAGCGAAGCAGUGGACUUUGUCAUUCAACACUUGAUUAAAGAAAAUAAUAGAGUAAAGACAAGAAUAUUUCUUCAUGUUUUGAAUGAGCACAAGGAAAUAGAGCCCAAAGUAGCCUCCUGGAUCGAGAAACUCAAUGGCUUUGGUUUAACUGCCGCAGGAUCUUUUCUUACUCGUCAUGAGGCAUCUCUUAAGGACCUUGAUUUUACCAUUUUGAGUAUUCUCUGGAAUGAGAAAUACGGUCACAAACUAGGCUCUAUAGAGGGAAAGAAACUUGAAUAUUUCUAUGAGCCGACAUCACUGAAGGAAGCACGUUGCUUAAUAUGGCUGCUAGAAGACCACAGAGAGAAGUUUCCAGCAAUGCAUAGCGCUUUAGAUGAAUUCUUUGAUCUAUUAGACAGCAGCUGCACUGUGCUAAGGAAACAGGACAAUAAUGACUCAAUGUAUGUUACUCCAAAGGCGAAACACAAAGGCAAGAAAAAGAAGCCAAAAGAUCUAAAGCCUAUGUUAGUUGGGUCUGGAACGCCUUCAGUAAUACCAAGUGUUAAAAGUGAGACUGUCACUUCAGGCAGUAAGAAUAAAGGCAGUUCGCAUUCCUCAGGCCCCUUUGCGGUGCCUGAGCAUCUUCGGAAAGACAUAGAAGAAUUUGAAGCUUACUAUAAAAAACGGCAACAGCGAAAUAACGAAUAUGAUAGCCAGAAUAAGAAGAUGGGCGAAGCGAACCCAAAGCAGAAAUGUUCAACUCUGUAUGAUUACUUCUCUCAGUAUUUGGAGGACAAUGGCCCCUUGGACAUAAGACACAGAGUAUUCAACGAGUAUCGGUUUUACCCAGAAGAAACUCGACAGAUAGUGCAAAAGGCAGGGGGUCUGAGACAGUUUCUCCUGAGAUGUCCCCGUUUCGUUGUGAUCGACAACUGCAUUGCACUGAGGAAAGUUUCAACACGGAUAAAGAGGAAGAGAAAGAAGAAAGUCAUUAAGGAAGAAGUAGACGAAAUUUCAAGCAUAGAUGAUGAGAUGUAUUUACCAUUUUUUCUGUCAUUGCACCCAGACACUAGGGAAUUUACACCAGAGUCAGGUUCAUCUUCAGCACCAGCUUCUGAGGAUGUGAUGCCCAAACCAGUGUCUGCUGAUUCUCCCAACUCAGCUUGCAAAGAUGUGAAGCCCGAACUGGCAUCUGGAGAUUUUUCCAGACCUGUUGCUGCAGAUGGGGAGCCCAAGUGUGUCUCUUCUGAUUCUCCCCAACCAGUCUCUGAGGAUGCAAAUCACACGCCAGUCUCCUCUCAAUCUCCCAAACCAGCGUCUGAGGAUGUGAAACCAACCUACUGGGCUCAACCCUGUUUGGUCACAGGCUACUACCCGUAUCUUCCUUACCAGGGGUUUGACAUCACACAGUCACCACCAGCGUACAUAAAUAUGCUGUCAAGUAUGCCACAGUACGCUGGCAUAUAUACACCUUUGGCCACCAUUUCUGAGUAUCAGCUGCAAGGUGCAAUUCCAGUGGUGCCAUCUUUUGUUGCCCAUGAUAGGCCGGAUCCCAAUGCAGCUGCUGCUUUUGAGGGUCAUCAUGUGAAUGCUGAGAAUACCUCUGGUAACCGGAUUGCCUCCGAAACACAAAUCCUUCAAGGCUCUCUGGAAACAUCAGUGAAGUCACACUGCGGCCUGGGUGAUGCUGAUACAGCCCUCAAGGAAUCUAGCAGAAAUGAUAGUCAUGGUGGAAGGUCUGCCAAGAAGGGGGAAGGAAGUAGAGUCAGGAUGAGGGCAGUCGCAGCUCAUCCACCUACACAGAUGGCUGCCGUGCAGGUGUCCUGGGAUGUAGCACACCAGGAGGUCAAUACUGAGCCUUACGAACGUUUUGAGGCAGAGCCGGGGGAUAUUUCAAGGAUGGAAAAAGAAUACAGAAAACUACAAGAGAAGCUUGAGAAUGCAUAUGAAAAGUAUGAACAGACAAGAUUCAAGGGCUUAGCAGAGAUCAGGGACCUGGAAGAAAAGCUAAAAAGGAACUCAGAACGAUGCCAGGUCUCAAAGACGGAAUUAGAGUGGUUCAUCCAGGAUUUGGAAAAAGAAACUAAAAAAUGGCAACAAGAGAAAAAAGAAACCCAGGAAAAAGUAAAAGCCCUGAAGAAGAAAGUCAGAAGGCUUUCCAUUGCCAGUGAAACGUGUACCCAGAAAAAUGAUGAAAAGGAUGAGGAACAUGGAUUACAUCUGGAUGAGUCCCUUGAAAUCAGAAACCCAUUUGCAAAUGAGAAAGCGAAACUGGAAGAGCGCAUAAAGAAAAGCAAAGAGAAUUAUGAAGAGGUCCAUGAAAGAGCUGUGGCUGCAGAGGUAUCUGUGCUUACCUGCUGGAAGGACAUCCACGUGUGGAAGUUAGAGGUCACGAAGACUCAAGGAGAAGCCUAUGUUGAGUGCCUAAAGAGCAGACGCAGUGAUCAUGAACCAUAUCUAGUGGACGCUGUCUUAUAUGAAUGGGAGUCGUAUUUUGCUUCAGUUGAAGAAGAACUUGAAACUAUAGAUUCUCAAUUGGAAGACAAAGUUGAUGAAGUUAAAAGUGGUACUUGGGUCAGUGAAAUUACUAAAGUGCUUUCCCUUCCAGUCUUUGACAAGAUGUGGCCUGUGCCCUCAAGGUGGGUAUGGUCUGGGGAGAAGACAGACUUUAAACACAAUUAAAAGCAGAGUGCAGGAGCGUGGACUGCCGCAGCAGCAUUACCUGAUCUAGCGCCCUGGGCCUCAGGGAGUCAGAGAUCUGAAGCAGGAAUGAACCGGGCCAAGGAGUAAGUGCGUGCGUGUUUGAGGAGGAGUGGGAUGUUGUGAUGUUUGGAGGGUCCAGUGUUCCAGAUGUUUGGAGGCUGGGAAACGUGGUCCGUGGAUCUAAGGAAGUUCAAGUGUGGCAGAGGGGCUCUAGUGAGCAAGGUGAUAGAAAUGUACCCAGGGGCUGGAACCAGGGAGCCUUUGCUAUAAGCUUGGACUUUUCCUUAGGGCACCAGGAAGCUAGUAUGGGUUUCAAGUAAGGUGUGAGCUCAGAUUUGUAUUUGAUGAAGAUCGCCUUGACUGCAGUGUGGAGAAUCGAUGGGCAGGGCAGGAGAGACUUCGGGCUGACCAGUUACUGCUCACAGCCAUUGGCCAUGUGCAGUAAGGGAGUGGCAGUGGGAUGGAAGAGAACAGACGUGUGAAUGUUUAGGAAGUGCCACUGAAAGAACUGUGCUGCUCGUGAGGUUGGGGCACAGGGUGUGUGCGCGUGAGGAGUUAGGGCCAAAUCCCAGCUUUGUCCCAGCAUGUCAGUGAGGUGGACACUAGAGACAGAACAGGUUGAGAGACCGAGGCUGACGCUGGUUUUGAACACAUUGACUUUGAGUUGCCUUGGAGUCACUCAAGUGGAUUUGCCCAUUGGGAAGUCUGGAUGCUCAGAGUUGUAUCUUAGAAAAUCAUUCUAGACUGGGAAUUUAAAGAGGUGGGCCUUGUCAGCAGUGAGGCCAUGAGCAAAUGUGGAAUGGCCCAGGGGGGUGCAGAAUGAGGUAGAUAUUCAGCCUCCGGCAGCAGCCCGGGAGCCAUCAAGGCCUGAGGUGUGGACUGAGGGGCAAGGACUGCCCAGGAGAACUGAGAGGCCUCCAGAGCCGUGGGCGGGAAGCCAGC